GAGUAGAAAGCCUCUCGCGCAGCAUAAAGGCGACGUUCAGAGGCGAAACCUUGCGAUUCGUGGUAUGGAGCAGCCAGCGGGUGGCUGCAGCCCUCUGAUCUCUGUCAGGCUAGCCCUGUGUUCUUUGUUGUUUUUUUCCCUCCUCCUCUUCGGGUGAAAUCUGACACAUCAGCGGCUCUCAUCUCUAGUUUGGAUGCUGAUUCAUGCUAAUUGGCCUGCGUGGAUAGCAGCAACACAUUUUCGGAGGGGGAAGAGGUUCCACUCAGAUGUCGUCGGCUGUGAAGGAGCCCUAAGCCUCGACUGUGACACGAGGAGCACGCGCGCACAGACAUCUCCCACUUUAUGAGAAGGAGGACGAGGCUGUAGAAAAAGGUCAUCGGAGAGCUGACGGGAAUCAUGGCAGCUACUUUAUCGGCGGAGGAGGAACAGGCCACCAGGCAGUUUCUGGAGGAAAUCAACAAGUGGACCAUUCAGCAUGGCGUGUCUCCACUGUCCAAGGAACUGGCUAUCAAAUUCCUCAUGGCGCGCAAGUUUGACGUUCUCCGGGCCAUCGAACUUUUCCACAGUUACAGGGAAACGCGUCUUAAAGAAGGAAUCGUCAGACUCCAGCCUCAGGAGGAGCCGCUGCGCUCGGAGCUGCUCAGCGGAAAAUUCACAGUGUUGAGUGUGAGGGACCCUUCAGGAGCCUCCAUCGCCCUGUACACCGCCAAACUUCACCACCCUAACAAGACAGGCAACCACGUGGUUCUGCAGGCUCUCUUCUACCUCCUGGAUCGGGCAGUAGAAAGCUUCGAGACGCAGAGGAACGGCCUGGUGUUCAUUUACGACAUGGCCGGCUCCAACUACACUAACUUUGAGCUGGACCUGAGCAAGAAGAUCCUCAACCUACUGAAGGGGGCGUUCCCUGCCAGACUAAAGAAAGUGCUGAUUGUCGGGGCUCCUGUUUGGUUCCGUGUUCCCUACAACCUGCUGAGCCUCCUUCUGAAGGAGAAACUCAGGGAGAGGGUUCAGAUGGUGAAGAUGGCCGAGCUGUGUCAGCACCUCCCCAGAGACUGCCUCCCCCAGCAUCUCGGCGGCCUGCUGCCCCUGGACAUGUACAGCUGGAACCAGCAGCUGCUGGCGGGCCAGAACGGCAGAGUGGACCCCGUGGAUGAGCUGGUGGGGAUCCCCAUUGAAGACUCCUCCGUCCACGUCCCCGGCCCCGAGUCCAUGCGCCCCCAGGAGCUGCUGGCGCACCUCGGCAGGCUGCAGCGCUCCGGGAUCCACCAGGAGUAUGAGGCCCUGCGCAGGGAAACGCCGCCUGGAACUUUCCACUGUGCGCAAGCAGCCUACAAUCAGGAGAAGAACCGUUACGGAGACGUUUUGUGCCUUGAUCAAACAAGAGUUCGCUUAAAACCCAGGAGGACUGAGAGAUCAGACUACAUCAAUGCUAGCUUCAUGGACGGCUACAAACAGAAGAACGCUUACAUCGGUACUCAAGGACCUCUGGAAAAAACCUACAAUGAUUUCUGGAGAAUGGUCUGGGAGCAAAGCGUCCUCGUCAUUGUCAUGACAACCAGGACAGAAGAGGGCAGUCGCAGGAAGUGUGGACAGUACUGGCCUCUGGAUGAAGGGGGGCAGGAAGUCUACGGCCAUAUAGCUGUGGUGAAUCAGAGGGUGGACCACCACACGCACUACAACCACACCACCCUUGAGCUGCACAACACAGAGACGUGUGAACAGAGACAGGUGAGUCACUUCCAGUACCUCAGCUGGCCGGACUACGGCGUCCCCACCUCUGCGGUGACUCUCAUCGACUUCCUGGGAGCUGUGAAAAGACAACAGAGGAAAAUGGUGAGGGCUGUGAGCUCUCAGUGGAUGGGACACCCUCUGGGACCCCCCAUGGUGGUGCACUGCAGUGCAGGGAUUGGGAGAACAGGGACCUUCUGCGCGCUGGACAUCUGUCUGUCCCAGCUGCAGGACGUGGGCACCCUGAACGUGUGCCAGACAGUGCGGCGCAUGAGAACGCAGAGGGCCUUCAGCAUCCAAACCCCGGACCAGUACUACUUCUGCUACAACGCCAUCUUGGAGCACGCCCAAAGGCAGGGCCUGCUCCCAUCCAAUCAGUGAGCCUCGUCCUCCCCAGCUGCUCCCCACAAAUCCGGUUCCUGUGGUCGGUCUGUCAACCCCAGAGCCCUGCUGUGUGACCAAGUAGACCCAGAAAGCAGUUCCUGCACUCCAGGGGAGCCUCACAGUCCCAGACUUAACACAAAAAAAAAGAGAAAAUUCAGCGCCGACAAACGUGACGUUUUUGUGUGAAAACAUUGUGUCUGCCAAGAAUGUGACUUUUUGUUUUUGCUGAACAUAUCUGACAAUAUGCAGAAAAGGACUGUGCAGUUAAUGGUGUGUGGCCAAGGCACAUGGAGCCAAGUAUGGUGAUGUAAACCUCUAUUUAUUUCUCACAAAACAAAAAGAAAGGCUUGUGUGCAGCGUACGAAAACAUCACAUGUAAGAUGUCUUUGAAUCUAUGUCGCCUCCUUUUAAGAACUUCCUGUGCUGACGCUGAGCUGGAAGUGUGGCAUCCUCUUAGACUGGUGGAAAUGCACAUUUAAAUUCAACUCCAGGAGAAAUGUUUGUUUGCAAUUUCACGUAUUGAUGGGGACGUUUUCCGCCUACAUUUCACCCGGGAUCUGGAUCUUUCUGUUUGAUCUCAGAAGCCCCAGAUUUAAGGUGAUGUUGCAGAAAAAGAACCAGUCAAUCCUAAUUUCUCUCUCACAUAAUCUGCCAGAUGAAAAUUAUCUUUGACCACUCCUUUAAGUCAAAGCUUGGCCAACAUAAAUCAAGAAAAAUCCAGCAACUCCUGCCUCGCCUGCCUUAAAGUCCCACUUCGAUCUAUUUUCAAAGUGCUCCCUGUGGUCUUUUCAUUAAUAUUAUGCCUUUUUUAGCUGAAAUCCAAAAACCUGUCGCUUUGUAAGACAGUUUCUGAAAAGUGGCAGUAGUUUAUUAUAAAUCUGUAAAUUGGUGCGGAGUUUAUUAGAAAUUCAAUUGAGUUGUGGGCGGGACUAUUGGCACAGAGAAACUCCGCCCCCUUCUCCCUGUUGCUGAGAGCUCAGAGCAGGUAGCCUGUGCCCCGCCCAUUGUCUUUUCUUUUUUUUCAAACACCAUUUUUUGUCUGCUCCUGAUCUACAAUUGAAAUAAAGAAAUAUUUAAAACUGCAAUUAAGGGCAAUUUUCUUAAUAUAUGUCCUUAAUCAUCAGAAAAAUGCCACAACUUGUUAAAAAAAACAAUUUUCCUCAGAGCGGGUCCUUAAGCUCCGCCCUCUGCACACAACUCAUAACGUCAGCAGUCAUGACCUCAUGAAUCGUGCAAUAUUUUAUCUUUUAUUCUAACAUGAGUCACAUUUUAGCACUUUGUAAAAAAAGUAAAAAUGUAUUCCCCAAUGUAUUCUUUGGAUGGUGGCGUGCGAGCCGAGUUCUGUGGAUCCACACAUGUGGCUGGGAGAACUUAACUAUUUGUAAAAAAAUAAAUAAAAAUGUAGUGAUGCAUAACUCGAUAACAUGUUGAUAUUCACCGUAAACACCUUCUUCGUGCUUCGCCAGGUCAAAUCAGGACUGUCUGAACAGACUGGGAGAGAGGAAAAAGCACAAACUCGUGCCUGCCACACCUGACCCGACCCAUACAGAAAUGCCUUCUCAGUUUCUGUCAGCGCUUUCACCGGGUUCUGGUUUCUUGCCAUCAUUUUAGCCCCAAACUGUGUUGCAUGUUGAUCUCUUUACUACAGAAUUCAUAUUGAAUUUGCUGGUAGUGAAACUUUUUUUUGUUUUUUUAAAGUCUGCCAAGCUCACACUCCGACUGAAGUCCUUUCCACAACAGACGCAAAAUGUGCUCCAGUUUUAUUUUUGUAUUCAGCAGCUGUUUUCAUACGACGACUGUUCAUUUUUCUAUUCUGUUAUAUGUAGCGUGUUAUCGUUCCUAUAACUGUUGAAUCCAGCUAUCCUGUAUUAAAUACAAACUAUGUCAACA